AUGUGGUCCUACAUUGGGAAGUCCGCCAUCUUCCUGGGUGGCUGCUGUAGCGGCGCAGCUGCAGCGACCUUCCUUCGUGCAGAGGAGCGGCGAAGGCAAGUGAAAGCUGGGGAGUACUACCAACUGAAAGGAAGCUACUAUCAAGUACUGGGGCACGCUUGGGACCACUUCCGUCGAGAUUUUUGUGUGGUCUAUCGGCCCUUGUAUCACUGCGAGGGGUUUCUGGGGCCUUCAGCCGUGGCUCGAGAGUCGCGUUUCCGCCGUCGCGCAAUGGCGGCCCUGGCGCUGCCUCCACGACCAGGGCAGGCAGCGGGGAAGCCCAAGGAUGACGAUGAGCGAAUACGCCAGGAGUUGGCUUCACUCUGUGUUCGCGGCCAAGUGCAUCAGGUGGUGGAGGCCCUGCAGAAACCGGAGCUGGUGAAGUUCGCUUCGCAGCCAUUGGAUGCUGCAGGAGCCUCAGCGCUUCACUUGGCAGUUCUGGGAGGUCACCUGACGUUUGCCCAGGAGCUCAUCAACCAGAAUUGCGCGGUGGAUGUUCAAGAUGACAAUGGACAAGAGCCCUUACAUGUGGCGGCCAUUGAAGGGCAUUCAGACUUAGUCUUGGAACUUUUGAUGGCAAAUGCCAAUGUCAAUGCUCCAGAUGGUACGGGCAUGACGGCUCUGCAUUUGUCCAGUCUCUGGGGGUCAAUCCCCUCGGCUUCUGUGCUGCUGGAGCAUCAAGCCAACCCGACUCUGCGAGACAACUAUGGUCGCACGGCUUUGUUCAUCGCGGCAGAGCAGGGCAAAACUGAGCUGAUGAAGUUUCUGCUGGAAAAGGAUGUCAGCACCGCCAGCAUCCCGAACAAUGAGUACUGGACCCCCCUGCAUAUUUCGGCUUUUGGGAUGCAAACGGUGAAAAACUUCACGCGACCCUUAAAGUUCCUGGAGACGGUAAAGGUGCUUCUGAAUGCCAAGGUCCAGCUGGAUGCGAAGGAUGAGAACUGUUGCACAGCACUGCAUCGUGCAGCGCAAGCCAACAACUUGGAGAUUCUAAGAGCCCUCCUAGAUGCUGGAGCAGAUCUAAGUCUGGAGGAUGAAUGCAGGUGGACACCCCUACACUAUGCCAGCCAGUUUGGGUAUUUGAAAAUCGUUGAGACGCUCCUGGAUGCGAAAGCAGAGGCUGCACCCAAGGAGUUGACUUGUUCAACCCCGCUUUCCAUUGCCACUAUGGAGAACCAGGUCCGAACCGUGGAACUGCUGCUGAAGUACCGCGCAGAUCCAGAGGCACGGGCCAAAGGACUUCACUCGCCGUUGAUGAUGGCCCGGGAAGGCCGUUUCGAAGCGCAUGUCUUGGCCACCUCGCACUUUGAACGCUUCAAUGAAUUCACCAAGGUGUCCUUUGAUGAGAUGGACCUCGCGGCACAGAGCUGUGCCUUGCCGGGUCCCUUUGUUGAAGACAAGGCCUGGGGCCUAGCGCUGCAAACCAAAGCGGUGGACGGAGCAGGUCCUUCAGAGUUGCAGAAAUCUUUUCUCGCAGAUGUUCGCAAUGUGAAGACACCCACCACCAGCGGCUAUGGCACUCGGAGCCAUCAGGAGACUGCCAUAAAGCGGCAACUUUGA